GGCAGGUGUAACGGUACCGGCGGCCGCCGCGCCUCUGCUCCUGCCUGUUCCUCGGGAAGGGGACGCAUGGCGAGCGAGAAGCCGGGCCCGGGGCUUGAGCCGCAACCCGCGGGGCUCCUCGCCGUCGGGGCCGGAGGCGGCGGGGGCGGCGGGAUGGGAGAGCCGAGGGGGGCGUCCGGUUCGGGCUCCGGCUGCGGCUCCGGCCCGGUGGUGCUGCCCGCGGGGAUGAUCAACCCUUCGGUGCCGAUCCGCAACAUCCGGAUGAAAUUCGCAGUGUUGAUCGGACUCAUACAGGUCGGCGAGGUCAGCAACAGGGACAUCGUGGAGACGGUGCUGAACCUGCUGGUGGGUGGAGAGUUUGACCUGGAGAUGAACUUCAUCAUCCAGGAUGCCGAGAGCAUCACAUGCAUGACGGAGCUCCUGGAGCACUGCGACGUCACCUGCCAGGCCGAGGUCUGGAGCAUGUUCACCGCCAUCCUACGCAAGAGCGUUCGCAACUUACAGACCAGCACGGAGGUCGGGCUCAUCGAGCAGGUGCUGCUGAAGAUGAGCGCGGUGGACGACAUGAUCGCAGAUCUUCUAGUUGAUAUGUUGGGGGUUCUUGCCAGCUACAGCAUCACUGUCAAGGAGCUGAAGCUUCUGUUCAGCAUGCUUCGGGGAGAGAGCGGAGUCUGGCCAAGACAUGCAGUAAAAUUAUUAUCAGUCCUUAAUCAGAUGCCACAAAGACAUGGUCCUGAUACUUUUUUCAAUUUUCCCGGUUGUAGUGCUGCGGCAAUCGCAUUGCCUCCCAUCGCAAAGUGGCCUUAUCAGAACGGCUUCACCCUGAACACUUGGUUUCGUAUGGAUCCAUUAAAUAACAUUAAUGUUGAUAAGGAUAAGCCUUAUCUUUAUUGUUUCCGUACCAGCAAAGGAGUCGGCUACUCUGCUCAUUUCGUUGGGAACUGCCUGAUAGUCACCUCGCUGAAGUCCAAAGGAAAAGGCUUUCAGCACUGUGUGAAGUACGACUUCCAGCCGCGCAAGUGGUACAUGAUCAGCAUUGUCCACAUUUACAAUCGAUGGCGGAACAGUGAAAUUCGGUGUUACGUUAACGGACAGCUGGUAUCCUAUGGUGAUAUGGCUUGGCAUGUUAACACGAACGAUAGCUACGACAAGUGCUUUCUUGGAUCUUCCGAAACUGCCGAUGCAAACAGGGUCUUCUGCGGCCAGCUCGGCGCCGUGUAUGUGUUCAGCGAAGCCCUCAACCCUGCCCAGAUAUUCGCGGUUCACCAGCUCGGGCCUGGCUACAAGAGCACCUUCAAGUUUAAAUCUGAGAGUGAUAUUCAUUUGGCCGAGCAUCAUAAGCAGGUUCUGUACGACGGAAAACUUGCCAGUAGCAUUGCGUUCACGUACAACGCCAAGGCCACGGACGCGCAGCUCUGCCUGGAGUCCUCGCCCAAGGAGAACGCGUCCAUUUUUGUGCACUCCCCGCACGCCCUCAUGCUCCAGGAUGUGAAAGCUAUAGUAACACAUUCAAUUCAUAGUGCAAUUCAUUCAAUUGGAGGGAUUCAAGUUCUUUUCCCACUUUUUGCCCAACUGGACAAUCGGCAGCUCAAUGACAGUCAAGUAGAAACAACUGUCUGUGCUACUCUUUUGGCAUUCCUGGUUGAACUACUUAAAAGUUCGGUAGCCAUGCAAGAACAGAUGCUGGGUGGAAAAGGCUUUUUAGUCAUUGGCUACUUACUGGAAAAGUCCUCCCGCGUCCACAUGACCCGCGCCGUCCUGGAGCAGUUUCUGUCCUUCGCCAAGUACCUGGACGGCCUGGCCCACGGAGCCCCUUUGCUGAAGCAGCUCUGCGACCACAUUUUGUUCAACCCAGCCAUCUGGAUACACACCCCUGCGAAGGUUCAGCUCUCUCUGUACACGUAUUUGUCUGCUGAAUUCAUUGGCACUGCUACCAUUUACACCACCAUACGCAGAGUAGGAACAGUGCUCCAGCUAAUGCACACGUUGAAAUACUACUACUGGGUCAUCAACCCUGCUGACAGCAGCGGCAUCGCCCCUCAAGGACUAGAUGGUCCCCGGCCAUCACAAAAAGAAAUUAUAUCACUGAGGGCAUUUAUGCUACUCUUUCUGAAACAGCUCAUAUUAAAGGAUCGAGGGGUCAAAGAAGAUGAACUUCAGAGUAUAUUAAAUUACCUACUUACAAUGCAUGAGGAUGAAAAUAUUCAUGAUGUGUUACAGUUACUAGUGGCUUUGAUGUCAGAACACCCAGCCUCGAUGAUACCAGCAUUUGAUCAAAGAAAUGGAAUAAGGGUAAUCUACAAAUUACUGGCUUCCAAAAGUGAAAGUAUUUGGGUUCAGGCCCUGAAAGUUCUGGGAUACUUUCUGAAACAUUUAGGUCACAAGAGAAAAGUGGAAAUCAUGCACACCCAUAGUCUUUUCACGCUUCUUGGAGAGAGGCUGAUGCUGCACACGAGCACUGUGACCGUCACCACAUACAACACGCUAUAUGAGAUAUUGACCGAGCAAGUAUGCACUCAAGUUGUACACAAACCACACCCGGAGCCGGAUUCUACAGUGAAAAUUCAGAACCCAAUGAUUCUUAAGGUGGUGGCAACUUUGUUAAAAAACUCUACACCAAGUGCAGAACUGAUGGAAGUUCGUCGUUUGUUUUUAUCUGACAUGAUAAAACUUUUCAGUAACAGUCGUGAAAACAGAAGGUGCUUAUUGCAGUGUUCAGUGUGGCAGGACUGGAUGUUUUCGCUUGGCUACAUCAACCCUAAAAAUUCUGAAGAGCAGAAGAUCACUGAGAUGGUGUACAACAUCUUCCGGAUUCUGUUGUAUCACGCCAUCAAAUACGAGUGGGGAGGCUGGCGCGUGUGGGUGGACACCCUCUCCAUAGCUCACUCCAAGGUCACGUACGAAGCGCACAAGGAGUACCUGGCCAAGAUGUACGAGGAGUACCAGCGGCAGGAGGAGGAGAACAUGAAGAAGGGGAAGAAGGGGAGCGUGAGCACCAUCUCCGGGCUCUCCUCGCAGGCCGCCGGCGCCAAAGGCGGGAUGGAGAUGCGCGAGAUCGAGGACCUCUCCCAGAGCCAGAGCCCGGAGAGCGAGACGGACUACCCCGUCAGCACCGACGCCAGGGACCUGCUCAUGGCGACAAAAGUGUCCGACGACAUCCUUGGAAACUCCGACCGACCGGGCGGCGGGGUGCAUGUGGAGGUGCACGACCUUCUUGUUGACAUAAAAGCAGAGAAAGUGGAAGCCACAGAAGUAAAGCUGGACGAUAUGGACUUAUCGCCAGAGACCCUAGUGGGCGGAGAGAACGGGGCCCUGGUGGAGGUGGAGUCUCUCCUGGACAACGUGUACAGCGCGGCCGUUGAGAAACUCCAGAACAAUGUGCACGGAAGCGUUGGGAUCAUUAAAAAAAGUGAAGAGAAGGAUAAUGGCCCACUGAUAACAUUAGCAGAUGAGAAAGAUGAACUUCCUAAUAACAGUGCAUCAUUUCUCUUUGAUAAAAUACCCAAACAGGAAGAGAAACUCCUCCCUGAACUUUCUAGCAAUCACAUUAUUCCAAAUAUUCAGGACACGCAAGUGCAUCUUGGUGUUAGUGAUGAUCUGGGGUUGCUUGCUCACAUGACCAGUAGCGUAGACUUGACUUGUGCAAGUAUCGUAGAAGAAAAAGAGUUCAAAAUCCACACCACCUCAGAUGGCACGAGCAGCAUUUCUGAAAGAGACUCGGCCUCGGCCUCGAAAGGGCUGGCGUGUGCCGGCAUGACAGCCGCAGCUCUGGAGACGGAGUCUUCUGGGGGCAGGGUUGCACCAAACAUCGACGCAGGAAGUAUAGUUUCGGAUACUGAGAGGUCUGAUGAUGGCAAAGAAUUAGGAAAAGAAAUCCGAAAAAUUCAGACCACUACUACAACCCAAGCCGUCCAGGGCCGGUCCGUGGCCCAGGACAGAGACCUGCGCGUGGACCUCGGCUUCCGGGGGAUGCCCAUGACGGAGGAGCAGCGGCGGCAGUUCAGCCCCGGCCCGCGCACGACCAUGUUCCGCAUUCCCGAGUUCAAGUGGUCGCCCAUGCACCAGCGGCUUCUCACCGACCUGCUGUUCGCGUUGGAAACAGACGUUCACGUGUGGAGGAGCCAUUCCACAAAGUCUGUAAUGGAUUUUGUCAACAGCAAUGAAAACAUCAUUUUUGUACAUAACACCAUUCACCUCAUUUCCCAAAUGGUAGACAACAUCAUCAUCGCCUGUGGAGGGAUCCUGCCUUUGCUCUCGGCCGCCACGUCUCCCACUACGGAGUUGGAAAAUAUCGAGGUGACACAAGGCAUGUCCGCAGAGACGGCGGUUACCUUCCUCAGCCGGCUGAUGGCCAUGGUGGACGUGCUGGUCUUCGCCAGCUCUCUGAACUUCAGCGAGAUCGAGGCGGAGAAGAACAUGUCUUCUGGAGGCCUGAUGCGGCAGUGCCUGCGGCUCGUGUGCUGCGUCGCAGUGAGGAACUGUUUAGAGUGUCGGCAGAGGCAGCGGGACCGCGGGGGCAAGUCCGCCCACGGGAGCAGCAAGCCCGCCGACACUCCCCAAGGGGGCACGGCCGCAGCCGCAGCCAAGACCCCAUUAGAGAAUGUUCCAGGCAACCUCUCUCCUAUUAAGGACCCUGACCGACUCCUUCAGGAUGUCGAUAUCAAUCGCCUCCGUGCUGUUGUCUUCCGGGACGUGGACGACAGCAAGCAGGCGCAGUUCUUGGCGCUGGCGGUGGUUUACUUCAUCUCCGUGCUGAUGGUCUCCAAGUACCGAGACAUCCUGGAGCCCCAGCGCGAGACGGCGCGGGCGGGAGGCCCGCCGGGCAGGAACGUCCGGCAAGAAAUAAAUUCACCGACGAGUACAGUUGUGGUCAUCCCAUCUCUCCCUCAUCCAAGUUUGAACCACGGAUUCCUUGCCAAGUUAAUUCCUGAGCAGAGCUUUGCCCACUCAUUUUACAAAGAAACCCCUGCUGCGUUUCCGGACACUGUAAAGGAGAAAGAAGCACCGGCCCCCGGUGAAGAUGUGCAGCUGGAGAGCGCCAUCCCUCAUACUGAUUCCGGAAUCGGAGAGGAGCAAGUGGCCAGCAUCCUGAACGGGGCGGAAUUGGAGCCGGGCCCGGGCCCUGACGCCAUGAGCGAGCUGCUUUCCACCUUGUCGUCCGAAGUAAAGAAGUCACAAGAGAGCUUGGCUGAGGCCCCCAGUGAAAUGUUGAAGCCUGCGCCGUCCAUAUCGAGCAUCAGUCAAACCAAGGGCAUCAACGUCAAGGAGAUCCUGAAAAGUCUCGUGGCCGCCCCCGUCGACAUGGCGGAGUGCGGCCCGGACCCCGUCCCCUACCCAGACCCAGCCCUGAAGAGGGAAGCGCAGGCGAUCCUUCCUAUGCAGUUCCAUUCCUUCGACAGGAGUGUCGUGGUGCCUGUGAAGAAGCCACCUCCCGGGAGCUUGGCCGUCACCACGGUGGGGGCCACGGCGGCCGGGACCGGGCUGCCCACGGGCAGCACGCCCAACAUAUUUGCUGCAGCUGGAGCUACACCAAAAAGUAUGAUUAAUACCACAGGUGCCGUGGAUUCAGGGUCCUCCUCUUCCUCCUCUUCCAGUUUUGUGAACGGUGCUACCAGUAAAAACCUUCCCGCUGUGCAAACUGUUGCUCCCAUGCCCGAAGACUCGGCUGAAAACAUGAGCAUCACUGCAAAACUUGAAAGAGCUUUAGAAAAAGUUGCUCCUCUUCUUCGUGAAAUUUUUGUAGACUUUGCCCCAUUCCUUUCGCGCACACUUCUUGGCAGUCACGGACAAGAGCUAUUGAUAGAAGGCCUGGUCUGCAUGAAGUCCAGCACCUCCGUGGUGGAGCUCGUCAUGCUGCUGUGUUCGCAGGAAUGGCAGAAUUCUAUUCAGAAGAACGCAGGUCUUGCAUUUAUUGAACUCAUCAAUGAAGGAAGAUUACUGUGCCAUGCUAUGAAGGACCACAUUGUCCGUGUUGCGAACGAAGCCGAGUUUAUUUUGAACAGGCAGAGAGCAGAGGACGUACACAAACACGCGGAGUUCGAGUCGCAGUGCGCCCAGUACGCCGCCGACCGGCGGGAGGAGGAGAAGAUGUGCGACCAUCUCAUCAGCGCGGCCAAGCACCGGGACCACGUGACCGCGAACCAGCUGAAGCAGAAGAUCCUCAACAUCCUCACCAACAAGCACGGGGCCUGGGGCGCGGUCUCGCACAGCCAGCUGCACGACUUCUGGCGCUUGGACUACUGGGAGGACGACCUGCGCCGGCGGAGGCGGUUUGUCCGCAACGCGUUCGGCUCCACGCACGCCGAGGCCCUGCUCAAGGCGGCCAUCGAGUACGGCCCUGAGGACGACGCGGUGAAGUCGAAGAGAGCGUUCCGGAGCCAGGCGCUGGUGAGCCAGAGCGCGGAGGCCGAGCUGGCGCUGGAGGCGGACGACGACGCCGUCAGCCUGCUGCAGGAGAAGGAGGUGGACAGCCUGGCAGGCCCGGUGGUGCUCAGCACGCCCGCCCAGCUCAUCGCUCCCGUGGUGGUGGCCAAGGGGACCCUCUCCAUCACCACGGCGGAGAUCUACUUCGAGGUGGACGAGGACGACCCUGCCUUCAAGAAGAUCGACACCAAAGUCCUCGCUUACACUGAGGGACUUCACGGAAAAUGGAUGUUCAGCGAGAUACGAGCUGUAUUUUCAAGACGUUACCUUCUGCAAAACACAGCUCUGGAAGUAUUUAUGGCAAACCGGACCUCGGUUAUGUUUAACUUCCCGGACCAGGCGACGGUGAAGAAGGUCGUGUACAGCUUGCCCCGGGUUGGGGUCGGGACCAGCUACGGUUUGCCACAAGCCAGGAGGAUCUCGCUGGCCACCCCGCGGCAACUCUAUAAAUCCUCCAACAUGACGCAGCGAUGGCAGAGAAGGGAGAUCUCCAACUUUGAGUACCUGAUGUUCCUUAACACCAUCGCGGGACGGACGUAUAAUGAUCUGAACCAAUACCCCGUGUUUCCCUGGGUCUUGACAAACUAUGAAUCAGAAGAACUGGACUUGACUCUUCCGGGAAACUUCAGGGAUCUAUCAAAGCCAAUCGGUGCUUUGAACCCAAAGAGAGCCGUGUUUUAUGCUGAGCGGUACGAGACGUGGGAAGACGACCAAAGCCCACCCUACCAUUACAACACACAUUAUUCAACAGCGACGUCCACCUUGUCCUGGCUUGUUCGCAUUGAGCCAUUCACCACGUUCUUCCUCAACGCCAAUGACGGGAAGUUUGACCACCCCGGCCGGACCUUCUCCUCCGUGGCCAGGUCGUGGAGGACUAGCCAGAGGGACACUUCUGAUGUCAAGGAACUGAUUCCGGAGUUCUAUUACCUACCGGAGAUGUUCGUCAACAGCAACGGGUACAACCUGGGAGUCAGAGAGGACGAAGUGGCAGUGAACGACGUCGACCUCCCGCCUUGGGCAAAGAAGCCUGAAGACUUCGUGCGGAUCAACAGGAUGGCCUUGGAGAGCGAGUUUGUGUCCUGCCAGCUCCACCAGUGGAUCGACCUGAUCUUCGGCUACAAGCAGCGGGGGCCAGAGGCGGUCCGCGCCCUGAACGUUUUCCACUACCUGACCUACGAAGGCUCCGUGAACUUGGACAGCGUCACCGACCCCGUGCUCAGGGAGGCCACGGAGGCGCAGAUCCAGAGCUUCGGACAGACGCCGUCCCAGCUGCUCAUCGAGCCGCACCCGCCGCGGAGCUCGGCCAUGCACCUGUGUUUCCUGCCCCAGAGCCCUCUCAUGUUUAAGGACCAGAUGCAGCAGGAUGUGAUCAUGGUGCUGAAGUUCCCGUCAAACUCCCCCGUCACCCACGUGGCCGCCAACACCCUGCCCCACCUGACCAUCCCGGCCGUGGUGACGGUGACCUGCAGCCGGCUGUUCGCAGUGAACCGAUGGCACAACACAGUAGGCCUCCGAGGCGCUCCGGGGUACUCCUUGGACCAGGCCCACCACCUUCCCAUAGAGAUGGACCCCCUCAUCGCCAAUAACUCCGGAGUGAACAAGCGGCAGAUCACAGACCUCGUGGACCAGAGCAUACAGAUCAACGCGCAUUGCUUUGUGGUCACAGCCGACAACCGCUACAUCCUCAUCUGCGGCUUCUGGGAUAAGAGCUUCCGGGUCUACUCUACGGAAACAGGGAAGCUCACGCAGAUCGUGUUUGGCCACUGGGAUGUGGUCACGUGCCUGGCCCGGUCGGAGUCCUACAUCGGCGGGGACUGCUACAUCGUGUCGGGCUCUCGGGACGCCACCCUGCUGCUCUGGUACUGGAGCGGGCGCCACCACAUCAUAGGAGACAACCCGAACAGCAGCGACUAUCCGGCGCCCCGGGCCGUCCUCACGGGCCACGACCACGAAGUCGUCUGCGUGUCUGUCUGCGCAGAACUCGGACUCGUCAUCAGCGGUGCUAAAGAGGGCCCCUGCCUUGUGCACACGAUCACCGGUGACCUGCUGAGAGCCCUGGAGGGCCCGGAGCGCUGCGCGUGCCCGCGCCUGAUCUCCGUCUCCAGCGAGGGCCACUGCAUCAUCUGCUACGAGCGAGGGCGGUUCAGCAACUUCAGCAUCAACGGGAAGCUCCUGGCCCAGAUGGAGGUCAACGACUCGACGCGGGCCGUUCUCCUGAGCAGCGAUGGCCAGAACCUGGUGACCGGAGGGGACAAUGGUGUGGUGGAGGUCUGGCAGGCCUGCGACUUCAAGCAGCUGUACAUUUACCCCGGCUGCGACGCUGGCAUCAGAGCCAUGGACUUGUCCCAUGACCAGAGGACGCUGAUCACCGGCAUGGCUUCCGGCAGCAUCGUCGCCUUCAACAUCGAUUUCAACCGGUGGCACUACGAGCACCAGAACAGAUACUGAAGACCAGGGCAGGACCGGGAGCCGCGGCGGCGCCAGGGCACAGGCGCCGCGGAAAGGCAGCCCCUCGGGUGGGAAGCCACCCCCGACCGCC